UUCCCACCAUCAUUCACUUGGCAUCAUGGGCCACCCCUUCGCCUCCCCAGUCCCCUCAGCUCAUCCUGCUACACUUGGUAUGCCCGCAGUGAGUCUCACAGUUUCAGAUGUGAUGCUUAGGAGUGAAACCGUCCCCAUGUACCGAACAAAUGCCUGGUGGGCUUAUACGAAAUACAAAGAAUAUCAUCGUAUCAACAAGUUUACAUAUAUUCCAUCGGACGCAAUAUGGAAAUGAGCGAGCGAGCAGGUCGAGUGAUGGCAGAGGUAUCGCAGGGACGGGCAGGCGUUGGCAGCGACGGUCGUGCGGUUCGAUAGGACAGAGUUUCCUGAUACAUUAUUGACUGGAAAGGUCCCCCUUACUCUUUUGGGCAUUUUGCUUGGAUGAUUCUGCCAAGGUCGAACACGUAGCAGAGGGACCUGUCUCCGAUAGAAUACUCACAUUCAAUUGUCUAGGCGGCCGGCAUUUGACAGCCAGAAUGGUACGCGUCCAUCGCACAAGCCUGGACGACCAAGAAUGUACUCGGUCCAUCUCUCUCGGCGGCGGUGGCUCAGCCCUUCCAGAAAGCACCACAUUCAUACCCUGAUCCGAAGACGAUACUCCCUCCCAGCAGCAGCCAACACCGUCCACUUUCAAGAUUUCGAAGCCUUCUUCUUCCUCAACCAAUCCCGAUGCGCCUCCGCAAUCGUCCCAGCCUUCUCCAGAGCAAAAGAGCGCGAGCAAGAACCAC